AGGACAGCUGGCAGCAAUGAUAUUUGCUGCCCAAAGAAUAGCGAAAGAGGAUCCAAGUCUUGCUGAAAAUAUUGGUCUGUUGCUGGUUGUAAGUGAAGAACUUGAUCACAUUGGCAUGGUGGAAGCAAAUAAUCUAGGAUUGGUUCCGGAAUUUUUUAUGAUCGGUGAACCAACCGAAUUAAAAUUUGGUCGUUUACAGAAAGGAGCAGUGAAAGUAAUAUUAAAAGUUCAUGGAAAAGCGGCACAUUCUGGUUAUCCUCAUCUGGGUGAUAGUGCUAUCGAUAAGCUGCUGGAUAUUCUACAUGAUAUCCGAACUCACGAGUGGCCAUCAGACAAAACAUUUGGAUCAACAACCGUUAAUAUUGGCCUUAUAUCGGGCGGCGAAGCGUUAAAUGCGUUGGCGGAACAUGCUUCGGCAGCCAUUUUCUUCCGCGUAACUACAUCUACUGCUGAUAUUUUGAAACAGUUGGAAAUUAUUGUUGAUGGACGUGCCAAAAUUGACCAGUCAUUUGGCAAAAAUGAACCAAUAUUUCUCACAGCUCCACCACCACCUUACGACUCAGAAGUGGUGGCAUUCAAUACCGAUUUACCUUAUUUCAUAGCACGUGAUAAACUGAAAGCAGCGUACUUAUUUGGAGCAGGUUCGAUAACAAAUGCGCAUUCCAAAGAUGAGCACAUUCUUGUGGAGGAUCUUAAGAAAGCGGUCGAAAUUCAUGUUUCUAUUUUUAAGUAUACUCUGAAGACCGCAAAUACUUAACCAAGCGAAAAAUUGAUUUUAGGAGUUAUAGGACCAUCGAUAUUGGAAAUUUGGUGUCUUAUGAUAACAAACAAAAUACAUUUUAUUUUGAUGAUUUGAUAUACUUCAUUUUUAUCUUCUCUUUUUAAAUACUUUUUCUAUAUUUUUUAAGAAUUAUAAUGUAUGCAUUGGGCCAUUCUGCUCAGAAUUUAAUUCCAAAUGGGAUUGAAAUCACAUUCGCUCGGAACCUUAUCUUUUCGAUUUAAAUUUUGGUUCGAAAUUAUUGGGAUUUCGUAGACUGCCUCGUCACUUCUGCACUGCUCUCUGACGUUUAGAUUUGGUUUUUUGUUUUUAUAUAAUUCUAAAUAAUUCAAAAACAAACGAAAGACCGAAUUUAAACGUUAGGGAGCAAUGCAGAAGUGACCAAUUCUAAUAAAAACCUCAUUAUUUUGUAACGAAAUUUAAUUCUAUGUUCAUUAUGUUUUCCGUACUCAUCUUCCCAGUUUGGUCAAGUGUCGUUUGUAUACAGUAUACUUUAAUUAUAAUCCUCACUGGGUUCAUCUGUUUUCUAAAAGUGUUGCUGAAAUAAAAUUUACGAAAAA